AUGCGUAAACGAAGCAUGUCCAUCCGGUCUAGCAUGUCUGCGAUAGAUCCAACGAAAUCGCCUUUGCAGAAAAAGGCGAGUGCAUUUGAGCGAAAUCGACAGGUGUCUGCCUCAUCUGCACGGUCCAACGCCGACUCGACGACUAGUGCAAAGCGCAAGAAGAAUCUAGUCAACAAGAUGGAGGGCUGGUGGAACGCUGUGAAAUCCAAUUUUGGAGCCGAGUCUUCAGGAAUGGGUCAGACGACAUCCGGUCCUACAUCACCUCACUCGAGACUCGCAUCUGCCCCUGCUGGCCGACGAGUCAAUGAGGUCAGUCCCAUAGCUCGAACGUCAGCUCCGAUGCCCCGUAUUCCGCCCCCGCCCGCUUUACUGGCACCACAGCCGGUGAAUCAACGUCGUCAGUCUUCUCAGUCUCUCCGUGGUGUUGUCUCCCACGCCGAACUCCGAACGGCGAGUGGUAAAUUCGAUGCUGCACAUCUUCAGGAGGCUGCGAAUAUAGUCACUUCGACGUCUGGUGAUCUCUCCGACUUUUAUCGCCGUGCUUCCAGUGAUUCGCUCCGUGAUACACGUCCAUCGAUGAGUAUGACGGGUCGAAAACCUUCCGUCGUGCCUGAAGAGCCAUCUCAAUUCCCCAGCCGAGCAACGAGCAGUCUAGAGGUCAGACGAAAGGGUGGACCUAAUCUACGCUUGGACCUUGAGCCGAAUAUGUUUGGCAGGACCGCCCCUGUCACCAUGUCACUCCCCUCUGAUCCUUCUCCGAUGGCCCACCGGUCUAGCACGACGGCCGUCUCAAGCUCGCAUUCCUCCACAGGCAACAUUUACAUGCACGGCGGAUUGACCCCUGGUGCACCGAGAUGGGACGAGACUCCAUCACCGCUUUUCGCCAUCAGUACAGAGAGUAACUCACCUGCGAUCCUCAAAGAGGAUCGGCCAGUCGCUCCUGGUGCCGAGAUCACCGUUGCCAACGUCCGGAGACAUAUCAAAAGACGUCUAGAAGCUGCCAAGGUCGCCUGUGAUGGAACUUUGAAGAAGACCAUUGACGUCAUCACGAAAUUCGUGGAUGAGCAGAGGACCAAGGAACAGGCUGAAGCGCUCAGACUGGCCAUGGAGGAUCAGCCAAGGGAUUAUUUCGAGGCCAUGAGCGAGUCGCCGUUGGUUGACGCGGAGGAGAGCGAGGUGGAACUGGGCGAAGGCCAUGAGGAUCGCAAGUCGAGAUCCCGGGGAGCCUCGUCUUCCGCACCGCACAGUCGACGACCGUCCAUCUCUGGUGGCAAAUAUCCCAGUCCUCAAAAGCUCACGGCCAUGCUCCCGGCGAGUCCAAGUCGAGUGCGACGAAGACCGAGUGCUGCUCCACGGGGCGUUCACGCUACCCAGAGGCUAUCACGGAAUCUCUCCCUCUCGAUGGAUCGCUCCGUCUCCGCUUCGUCAUCACGAUCCACCUCCCGAUCUCACUCACCCAUGCCAACGUCUACUCGAGGUGUCCUCGUGGGUCGAUCAGAGGAUGAAGUUCAACGCAGCAAACUCUUUGUCAACGCUCUGCAGGAUCUCAUCGUUUUCGCCCAGGAUGUGAUGGAUAUGACUGUCAAUACGUUGAUCAUGCGACCGACGGCGACGUCUGAGAUUAUUGCAAAACUCCAGGUCGUCGGCUCCCGAUGGGAUGAUCAUCAAGACUGGCCAGGACGUGAAUGGUAUGUCGACAUUCUCAUGGCAGUCGCGAAUCUUAACCGAGUCCUGGACUGGUGGGAGGCUGAGAAGGGCUUUUGGAACUUUGACGAUGAAGCUGGAGAUGAACCAAUCCUAUUCGUUGUCAAGCCGAAUACCAAGGAGGAAUCACAUUUCGAUACUGAGUUCGCUGCCGCCGUGACGGAUCCGAGAAGUUCACCAGCAGUAUCGUAUCUUCAAGUCCCGGAAGCACCGGCCUCUGCCGUCAGCGUCGAGGUUCAGACUCCUGAAUCUUCGGGCCCGGGAGGCACAGCCAGGCAAUUUGUCGAAGCCCCCAAGCCCUUGCCUGCGGAAGAUCUCAAGUUCAUGGCUGAACACGCCAAGAGCGUCAAUAUCGUCAUGGAGCUGGGUUUGCAAGGCGAGGAGAUCUUGUAUGUCAACGAUGCGAUCCUGGAAGUCACUGGGCGAGAUCCGGAUGAUGUCAUUGGGUGCCCCAUCAACGAGCUGCUGGCUCCAGCAGACGCUGCCAUGUUCGCGGAUGCUACGCAGACUUUGCUAGAGGACGACAACAAUACGGUCCAACUUCGUUUCCGAUUCGAAGUGUUCGAACUUGAAAAGAACCUCCAUCCGCCACAACAACCUGGACCAGUUUAUGUCGAGUUGGAAGGUGUCGGUAUGCUGAUGCGUGAGCAUGAUGGCCCGUCACAUACUAUGUGGGUCUUGCGACCCGUACCUGCGCAACAGGCUCAUGUGGACAACAUCGCGGAGGCUGCCUUCCCGAAAGAAGGUCAGUUCUUGACCGAAGCCAUCUUAUGUCGGAUCUGUGAAAGGGAGAUUGUCACUUGGUUCUUUGAAAAGCACAAUGAGACCUGCGAUGCUGUACAUCGACUGGAAGCGGACAUCUACAAGCGAAACGAGGCGCUCCGAGAACUCCAACAGACGGUCUCUGAUCUCAAGGAGGAAUUGGACGCUAUUCCCACGACGCCUGAUCAAGCACCUGGCGUUGUCUUCUACAACUUUCCGGAAACUAUCACGACCGAGCACGAAGGCGCUGGACUUGUCGGAACGCACGGAAUCGAGGUCAGAAAGGUCGAUGUGGCCUGCCUGGCUAGUGUCGCGGAAAUUCUUGCCAUCGCUCAAGAGAUCGAAGUCCCUUCGGUCCAGGAAGACGAAGCGGACAUGCCGUUCAAUCUACAGCGGUACCUUUCUCAAGCGUCCGAAGAGAAAUUAGUGCGCAUCACUCGUUGGCAGAAGCCUCACACCAGUGAUCGAGCUCUGCAACUUUUACUCACUCAGGUGGAAGAUCAGCUUCGACGAAAGCAAAAGGCAGUGGCGAGGAUGCAGAAUACGAUUCGAUAUUCGGAAAAGACGCGCCACGAGUGGGAAGACAAGGUCAACCAAAUGUUCACUCCGCCAAGUGACGACUCGUCCCAUUCAGACUCUGGAGGAUCCGAGCCUGAGCAGAGUGGCGCACCGCUCAGUCCCGUCGACAUCAAGAGUGAACAUGCUGAAGGGCCCGAGACUUCACCUCCCGCUCCUCGAAAGAUCGUCCCUCAAGCCAGACUACCCAUCACGCAAGGUCAUCCUCAACGACCUUCAACGUCCCAUGGUGAGACUAGCGGCGGCGGCCCAUCAACGCUCCCCUCGACCCCAGUGUACCCUAUUUCUCCACCGUCAAAGGUGCCAAGUCCCCCGCCCAGUGCGCCGUUACCCGCUACCGAUGUCAUUCCGCGAACUUUGACCCCCGACCCGCCUCAGAAGGCUCUGCCGAAAGCAUCUUCACCUCUAGCAGUACCUCCUGAACGUAAAGGCAUGAGAAGGCAAUCAAGCUCGAGAUUGAUCCGAGAUCCCCCGCUGUCCCCUCGUAUACCUUCUGCUGCUCUGCCUACCCGAUCUCAGCCUUCUAUCAAAGAUUUCGAGAUCAUCAAGCCCAUCUCACGCGGUGCCUUUGGAUCAGUCUACCUUGCCAAAAAGGUCGCUACGGGAGAUUACUUUGCCAUCAAGGCGUUGAAGAAGUCAGACAUGAUUGCAAAGAAUCAGAUCACGAAUGUGAAGGCUGAGCGCACGAUCUUGAUGAACCAGGCGAGCUCACCCUACGUCGUCAAAUUGUUCUUCUCUUUCCAGAGCAAAGAGUAUCUCUACUUGGUCAUGGAGUAUCUGAACGGAGGAGAUUGCGCGACCUUGAUCAAAACUCUUGGGGGUUUGUCUGAGGACUGGGCGAGGAAUUACAUUGCAGAGGUUGUGCUUGGAUUGGAUUACCUUCAUACGAGAAACAUUGUCCAUCGUGAUAUCAAACCUGAUAAUCUGUUGAUUGACUCUCGCGGUCACUUGAAAUUGACAGACUUUGGUUUAUCACGGAUUGGUCUCCUGAACCGACAGGUCGGGGGAAUGCGCCAAGGUUAUCUACGUGGUACGGCGCUUCACGGUUCGAAACGAGAGUCGGCGAGGCGUUUCUCGCGACACGAUUCGUCCUCGUCCACCGACUCACCGUUCAUGUCGCCUGAACUCAUGCCUGCUCCUCCCAUCUCCAAUAUCAGCCAAUCGUAUUUUAACACCGGCUCAGAAGUCAUCUCUGCGGACGAUUCUAGUGGAAGUGGAUCCGAAUCUGCUGGUAUCAUUCCGAAACACUUGCGCACCACGUCCGUCACUACAGCCACGACUCCACCUUCCGCUCGUGAUCCUUUUCGAUUUGUUGGGACUCCCGACUACCUGUCUCCGGAAACCAUUCUCGGUAUCGGUGGAGACGAGCAGGCUGUGGACUGGUGGGCUCUCGGUGUUGUGCUGUACGAGUUCCUCUACGGUAUUCCACCGUUCCACGCCGACACGCCUGAACGUGUCUUUGACAACAUCGUUUCGAGACGUAUCGAAUGGCACGAAGACGAAAUGGAGAUUUCACCCGAGGCUAGAGACCUAAUGGACAGGCUCAUGUGCUACGAUCCUACACGACGAUUGGGGGCCAAUGGUGCGGAAGAAGUCAAGAAACAUCCGUUCUUUGAAGGGAUUGAUUGGGAUACCAUCUCUACAGCCGAACCGAGCUUUGUGCCGACAGUGACAGAUCCUGAGUCGACAGAUUAUUUCGAUGCCCGUGGAGCUGUCCAUGCACUGCAAGAUGACGAUGCGCCUCAGCUUCACAAGCUGUCAGACGGGACUCGACGCCAAAUGACCCAUGCCAAUCCGGCCGUCGCUAACGUCGCCACCAAAGAGAUGACCGAGGUGAUCCAGGAUAUCCAAGCUCAAGCAGACAAGUGGGGACCAUUCGACUACAAGAAUGUCGAGGUGCUCAAGCAGGCCAAUGAUGAUGUGAUCCGGAAGCUUCGUUCAGAUUCCAUGACACCCAUGACUCAAGCUUUGGAGGGCGUGGGCGCUAUGCCUGUCCGACGGCCUCGAUCCAUGUCUUCUCGAGUCAUGGAGAGAAGUGCAAGGAAACCAUCCGACAACGCCAUCACAUCGGGUGGACCACCGUCUCCCUCCACGUCAACGUCUUCAGCUGCUUCAACUCCGUCGAGAGCACCUUCGACGCCAGGUUCUCUCCCCGUCAUGCCUCAGCAUUUCCGUCGACCAUCGGAAUUGAACGCGCUGGACAGGGUCAAGUCAUCAGAAGAUGCAGAUUUGUUCCGCCGUUCUGCGACGCCCAAUCGUGUCCGGACGGGAUCCGGAUCAAGUGUGAGCGACAGAAGUGCCAGUAUGGAGCUCUGGAGACAGAGGCGACAAUCGUCUCUGAACCCCGAGCAACCUAUCUCUGCACCUCUGCCUCCUCUGGAGAGUCCAGAAUCUCACGCGUCGAGUGUUGGCGAGAGAACGCUGGAUGUGUUGAUUGCAGAGGAUAAUCCAAUCUCCCAAAAGAUUCUGGAAACUCUGCUCGUGCGGAUGGGUUGUCGUUGUAUAUGCGUCGAGGAUGGUCCGCAGGCUUUGGCGGCGACCAUGGGCAGUAUCCACUUCGAUCUGAUCAUCGUGGAUAUUCACAUGCCACUGGUGACUGGUGAACAAGUCGCCAGAAUGAUCCGCUCGACGGCCAAUCAAAAUCAAAACACGCCGAUCAUUGCUUGCACUUCUUAUGAGGAACAUCAAAGUAUCUCUGAAGAAGGAACAUUGUUCUCUGCUAUCUUAUCCAAACCCAUUUCCAAGGCCGAUCUGGCGAAAUGUCUCGCCAAAUUGGGCUUCGUCCUGAGUCCAGCAGGCACAUCACACGCAACGCACGAUUCAACCUCGGCCAUCGGCACGACUUGA